AUGAACAGCUCUGAAAAGCCCCGGCCGCUGCUCCAGCGCCCAGAAAGUUCUGGCAUUGAUGUUAUAGAUUUUUCCUUCAGCAAGCCCGCCUCCCACAAGCCCUUGUACUCGCGGAAUCCGGCCAAGCAAGCACAUGUACCCCAUCCUGCAAUUAAUAGUGCCCGACCUUCAAGGGAAACAAUAGGGGAGGAUGCAGGUCGCAGCCAUCAACUAGCCAGGCCAGACACCCCUCUCGGCCUCCGCAGCGUUGGGAAAGAAGGGAUUCCCAAGGUACCAAUCUCCGCGGGACAACCUGUGUUUUCUCAGUCACAAAGACGACCAUCGACGGCAGAUGUCCCCAACAAAGACAGCGGCAGUCGGUCUACACCUGGGGAUCUAGGUAACUCGAGUUUUCAACCAAGGCAGGAGGUCAUCAUUUACAAGCCAGAUAAAUCCACCGGGGCUGAUACCCCCAGAGAGACUAUUGGCACUGCAGGAAGGGCUGUCGAGCCGAGUCAAGGGCGUGUUGUCGAUAACAACAGGACAGGUGAAGUUGAAUUUGCCUUGCCCGAGCCACCCCAGGUACAACCGCCUCACAGAGAGAGACAAGAGAUUCCAGAGAACCCAUGCUCUCGCGUGCCUCUUAAGCCUGUAAACAAGCAGCUUCGGGCGUCUACACGACGUCGUGCGCCCGAGAAGGAAGCAUCCUCCAAGAAGGAACAGGUUCCGCUCGUGGAUGGCAAGAACAUCCAGCUCAGCGAGGAUGACCUAUUUGAACUUCUCAUCACGAAAAUGAAACAGCGAGAGGAAAGCGAGCAAGCGGCUGCAGCUAUUCAACGGCAACUCACGAAUGAGAACAUGAGCUUGAAGGAAGAUAAUCUUAAUUUGCAGGACCGCCUCAAGAAAUGCCAAGGACAACUCGCCAAGUCAUCAUCCGAGUCAAGAUCUCAGCGCGCGCAAAUAGACCAGUGGAAGGCGAGACUUAGCACAUUCAAAGGUGUCCUCAACGAACUUGGCCGUGAAUAUGGUGCAGUCCGGGAGCAAGCCAAAGAAUUGAAAGAAGCAACUAUGUCUCUUGAUAGAGAGAAGCGUGAGAUCCAAUGUAGUUUGGACGAGAUCAAGUUGAAGAUUUCGAACAGUGAAGAAACCAUUCGGGACCAACGCGAGAGAAUUUCAGUUUCCGAGGGAACAGUUGCCAGUUUGAGGGAAGCCUUGGACCAUUCAGAGAAAAGAGGGGAUUUGAUCAAGCAGCAGCUGUCCAACGAGAACAAGCGAAUCGCGACUCUAGAAGCGUAUAUCCAAAAUGAGUCUCAGAGCCAGUCGCGACACUUGGCUCUUGUUAGAGACGGCCAGCGCAGGAUGGCUGAAAAGUUUGACUCGGCCUGCGAGCUGUUCACCACAUCCUGUGCCAAAUCCCAGGAUAAUAUCCUGUCGAAACUGAAUCCUGCGAUUGAACAUUGUCUCACUUCGGUUCAGGGGUUAAAAGAGCAGUGCUCUGCCGAGACUAUGAAUGUCCAAGACUUCGCCAGUUGCGUUCAGGAGGCAGCCUCUCGUUUCAACUCCUUGGCUGGGCAGGUUGAAAGCAACGUUGAUCGAAGCACAGAAAUAAGCAAAAGUUUGUUUCAAGCCCUCCAAGAAGCCCUUCAAGCACUUGAAGCCAACCUCGGUCCGUAUUCGUCGAUUUUCAAACAGCUUGCUAAUAGCGAGAGUUGCUACGGAAAUUUGCAACAACAGCUUCAGGUCAUUGAGCCAAUGCUCGGUAGUCUCGAUGCUUCUAUCAAGGGCGUGGGGAUAACAGAAGCAGACCUUGUGCGCGGGUUAGAAACGUUCGGUCAAAAGCUUUCUGAAGCUCAAAUUCCCGCAGGAAACCCUGUUCUGGAGAUGGAAGUUUCCAAGAAAUUCGCUGAGAAUACGCAGUUGCAGCUUCAGCAGCAAGAAAUAUCGCUUGAGCUUGAGUCUCUCAGGAAGCAACUUGCGAGCAAAUCAUCUGAGAAUCAACAUCUCCAGCAUGCUUUGACUGACGCUGUUACUAAUGAACAAGCAUCCAAGAGUCAAAAUUCCCGGCUGGAAAUUGAGAAGGCCGCCUUGCGGGGCGAGCUUGAAUUGCUCGAGCAAAGAAUGCGAGAAGAGUUGGGCGCCGCAAGCACCAAAUUGCAAGGUCAGAUUAAAGCUAGAUUCGAAGAACAAGUCCAAGGUCUCGAGACAGAAAAGGCGAGACUAGAGAGAGACUUCAGCAACCUCCAGGCACAGCUUGCAAAUGUCCAAAGAUCAUUGACCGAAACCGAAAAGAUAGCCGAGAACGAGCGACUGGAAAAGGCCACCAUGCACCAGGAAUUACAGAAACGAAUUGAGGAGCUGAAUGUUUCUUGCUCAAAAUACAUCACGGAGGCCGAGGCCAUUAAGUCUCAGUCGCAAUUGUUGAAAAGCUCCGAAGCCGCUCUCCACGCCGAAAAGGAGAGGCUUCUUGAACAGCUCGAGCAAGCGAAAAGAAAGACAAUUGAGCUUGAAGCGAACCUGAGGCAGAAUACUGAGUCUGUAACUCUGAAAGAGAAAGCGGUAGAGGAAGCAGAAAAGAGGGCCGAGGUACUUGGGCUGGAGACGGUCGAGAAGACUAAAGAGCUUGCAGCAAUGAAAGAAAACCUCGCCAUGCUUAAAUCACGGUCAUCGGCCUUGGAGAAGGUCGGGGAGGAAGCUGAUGCCGAAAUCAUUUCCCUCCUCCGCCGGGCCCAAGAGGCUGAAAGUUGGCAAGCGACUAUAAGGGAGGGGGUUGCGAAGGUGAUCGUGGUACAUCCCGACGAGCCUUUCGACCAAACAUGGCAGAAACUGGAAGAUAUCAUUCGAUCCUCUCUUGCUCGGCCGCCCAUAACUGAUGAUACGUCUUGCAUCAAGCCUCACGGCACGGAGAAUAUGGGGGCGACGGAAGGCAGCAAUCUUCCACUGGAGCCAAGAGAGAACAGACACGAUAAUCUCUUGAAGGCUAAUGAAUCUAACAGUGAGGCUCGCACGCCUACUAAGAAUAUGCAGACAGAUGAACCUCUUGCACCAAAUACUUUUGGUCCCCCGAAGGCUUUCGAACAUGGUGAUUGCGCUGAGUCUCUGCCAAAAUUCCCUACUGGUCACGGUCAUAUCGUUCCCUUCUCAGCACUCCAUGACAGACUUUCACGGGAAAACAGCCUGUCACUUUUCAAUGACCCAGCUGAGCUCGAAAUGCUCUUUAUGUCAACUCCGGAUCUCCAGGGUGCCGCGAUGCCAGAUGACACCUCCAAGAAAGCUCAACAAGAUCAAAAAGUACCAGCUGAGCCUCUGAAAAUGAGUCGAGAUCCCAAUGAAACUGAUCCGGUUCUCGGGAUGCAGCCUCCCUGCGCCGGUGACAGCACGAUCGAAAGACCCCAGUCGGCUCAUGAAAAUAUCGACAGUUCAUUUGUUAACAGAACUACCAGUGAUGAACAGCCCAACACCAAGCGUAAAGUAGUCAGUUUCGAGGGGACGAGAUUUUUCACCAAAACAGAGGUUGGCAAAGCUAGACGAAUGUCAGACGCAACCGACAACAGCUCUGGAAGAGAGUCCGAAAGCAAGGAAGUAAAAAGAACGCAGAAACGAACCUAUAGCCGUCUUCGCCAGUCUGUGGCACAGGAGGAAACAUCGAUUGAAACAACUACAGAGGUACAGCCUACCAACAAAGGUUUGGUGGAAAACGGUCAACAGGGCUCAGCGGGCAAGACUGAGCACUCUUCACACGCGAACCCAAGGCCGGCGAAGAGAUCUCGAAAUGCAGCUGAUGGCCCGGAACGACGCCUGAGUCCGAAGAGUUUGGCUUCAGGUAGCAGCAGGGGAAACACAGCCGGCCAAGCCAGCAUUACGCGGUGCCGCGGUAAACGCCGCACUCGAGGUAAGAUGCCUGAUGCUUUUCCAAGGCGUGCGGCUAAUGCCUAG